AAACUGAGCCAAAAGACCCCGUUCACCGACUCUGUCAAACCCAUAUGUCUGCCCCAACGUAAUCGCGACUACGCGGGACAGUUGGCAGUGGUCACCGGUUGGGGUCACACGAGUUUUGGCGGCGCUGGGAGUCCGCAGCUCCGGCAGGUGUCGCUUCCCGUCUGGAAUAACACGUGGUGUGACUCGUCAUACAGUGUGGACAUCAGUGACCAGAUGUUGUGCGCCGGAAACCCGAAGGGCGGUAAGGACUCGUGUCAGGGAGAUUCAGGCGGUCCGCUGAUGCUUCAGGGGCCCAAUCAAAGGUGGAUGAUCAUCGGCGUGGUUUCCUGGGGUAUUAAGUGCGGCGAACCCAAUCAACCCGGUGUUUAUACCAGGAUUAGCAAUGUACACAAUAUGAAUCCACCGCCCGGUGUAUUCCUGCGCCGGCUGUUCACCCGACGGGUUAUACUGUUAUUGAUAAACACGUUCAAUAUUAAGGGCGAUAAACAUGAAGGAAAAUCAUGCGACAAGUCCUUCGAGAAGGGUCUGGAGCUCGGCAUGUCUAUGGCCAGAAACUCCUGUCCCGGACCAGGUUUGCGGCCAUUAUCAACAGGAUUUGCCGCUUCGACCGACUCAUUGACAUACGCCGAACCCAUGACCUCCCAGUCCUCGUCCGCCUCCGCCUACUCCGCCUCCCGCUCCCCAAAGAGUGUAAAAGUUCCCGUUUAUAUACGCGAUAAUGAUAAACAUAUCCCCGUUGAUGAU